UCACAACCUCGACUUCGAACCACCAUUACCGGCAGCCAUGGGAGAGAAAUCAGAAAAGAAGAGAAAGCGUCAGAGCAACGGAGUCGAAACACCUAACAAAAAGGUGGCACGCGAUGGCAGCAUCAAGGUCAUACAUGCGGAAGAAGACAGCGGCCUACACCCAGUUCUGUUGAGCACUUCUGGCGUGAAUGCACCCAAAGUACCCUUCAAGGCCUACUCGAAGCCCCGGAAGAGCUCGAAGAAGGCGGGGAAGAGCUCCAUCAAGCCAUCGACCCACGAUCUGCUCCUCCAAUCCUCACAGCAUCCACGAUUAGACUACACCGCAGUGCCGAGUCCCAUAGACGACCAACUCAGCCAUUAUGUCGCCAUCUACGACCCCACGAAGCAAACUUUGCAGCUAGCUCCAGCUCAUCACCUUCAUCUCCGAAGCACGUUGAGGGCGGAAGCGAGGGAGGUGGAGGAGCGCAAGAACAAGACGAUGGGCCAGCAGAGAGAGGCACUCGGACAGGAGUUUGGCACGAAGAAGGCGAAGAAAGCUAUCGCUAGCAAGAGCACGAACGCGCUUACGGGUGAUACGAGCAAAUCAAAUGAUGUGCAAAAUGCCAUCUUGGAGACUGUGGGAGAAACGACUGCUGGACUUGCCUCGAAACUUACCGCGCAAGAACAAGACGAGGCUGCUCUACGAGCGAAACCAAUCCCAUGGCCAAACCUCACAGCAGAGAAUGCCGAAAAGGUCUACUCAUUCGACACCCUCAUACCUCCAAACGAUGCUCGACUCGUCAAGACGGCAGACUGGAAAGCAGCGGCAGAUGAUGACACCAAGAUUGGCUUCAAACAUCAAUUCCCAGUAUCACGAUUCGGCUUCCUGGCAAAGCAAGAAGGCGAUUCGCUACGGUUCAAGGCACUGAAAUACCUCACACUUUUGCUCGAAUUCCGAGAUUCGUUGUCUGCGGCUGGAAGAGCUGGGAAGAAGGUGCCAAAGAAAGAAAUACUGCAGAAGAAACUGCCACCGAACAGGUGGCCAUCUGAGCUCGUGGACAGCGUCCGCAGGCGAUUUGCGAACGACUCAGGGCAGGAGCUUGGUAAAUGGCAACAGGAUAGGCUUGCCACUCACAUCUGCGCGCUCGCCAUGUUUGUGGACAACUGGGUCUGCGAUAUCUGGCACUUGAAGGACGAUCUCAAGACCGAUAUGAAGGAGCUGACGUCUUAUUUCAAUGAGCUAGGAGCGAAAGUCAAGAAGCCGAGCGAGGCAGAACGAGUGAGGAUGGGCAUGACCAAAGCGCAAGCGGCCGCAACUAGAAUUGCCAGACUCGUGGUACCGCUGGAAUUCCCAAAGGUCAGGCAAGGCAAGAGGCGGUAGAUGAAUGGGUCUCUGCAAUCUGGAAAGUCUUUUUAAUACAAGAUGAGAGGACAUGCAUAGGACCGGACAAAGUCAGCAGAUAGCCAACAAUCAGCCAGGUGCAUAUCUUGCCUUCUGAGCCCUUUGCACGAUCCCAUCAUCCGUGUACCUCGACAACGAUAGCCGAGACAUCCUCUGCCCAAAUCCAUAAACUUCAUCAUUUGCACAGUGGCCAUGAAGCUCACUUGAUGCAGCACCAGUGGCCGAGCCAUCGAUCUGGCCUAUCGUUCACAAUCUAUAUCGAUCGUGCAGCAAACAUUAAGUACCCAGAAAUAACACUCGCCUAGUACCGACCAGCAAAUGAGAAAUCUGAAACUGCCUGUCUCCCAGCAGCCCUCAAAGCAACAUGCCAGUCCGCAGAUCAUGGUCCAUGGAAUGCCAUCACCCCUCAGACCACCUAUGCAACUGUCGAAAUCGAAGGCCAUCCGCGCCAAUCCCAUGGCAAUUCUUCCAAAACGAUCGCAUAGUCAACGGUUGCAGCAGACACGGUUUCCACAAUUGUCCAGAAUGCAGCUCAGAUUCUAGUGAGGAAUCAGAUAAGACAAUCGUGCGAAAAGCUGCACAGGAGUAUCUUAGAGAUUCUGCAACAUUGGCUCCAGAAGAAAAUGUUCCAUUUUCAUCGGCAAGAACAGCUUCGACCGCGAGUCCCGGAUCUAUGCCAGAGCCGGCUCCAAGCCCACUGACAGCAGCAAAUCUGUCCUACAAC